CCGGAGAAGAAAAGGAUAAAAAUGUGGCUGCUCGAGAAAAUCCGGGGCUCGGUGGAAAACGGCAGCUCUCGGGGCACUGACUCAGGGGAUAAGCAGUCCAAAGGUCCCUUGUACAGCAACGUCCUGACUCCCGAUAAGAUCCCGGAUUUUUUUAUCCCCCCCAAGCUCCCAACGGUGCCUCCCGAGGGAGAGGGAGUGGAAGGGAGCGCCAAGCCCAACCUGGGCACUUCGGCCUCCGAGCAGAACCUGUCGGCCCGCAAAGCUCAGCGCAGUCCCCGUUUGCCUGUGAAGGCGGUCUCCGAGAGCAAGAACCUUUUGAAAGCCGCCAGCCGUCACAUCAUCCAGAUUGAGAGUGCGGAUGAGUGGAUGUCCGAGGAGGACUUCAGCACCAACGCGGACCCCCAGUCGCAGACGGCCAUGUCCCUGCCGUACGUGCCCAAAGCCCAGACGUCGUACGGCUUUGCGACAUUGAUGGAGAGUCCCCACACACGCCGCAAGGAAUCUCUUUUCCACAGCGAGCACACCAGCCUGUGCCCAUCCCAGUCCUCCUCGCCCAGUUCUCAACAGAGGUCCACCUCGGGAGGGAGCAAGACCAACGGAGAGAGCGCCCACCUCAACCCCUCGGACAUCAGCAUGUCGCUCAUGAAUCCCUACCGCUACUUCAGUGGAGGGGAGAGCGACACCUGCUCCUCGGCGGAGUCUUCCCCGUUUGGCUCCCCGUUGCUGUCGAGAUCGGUGUCCCUCCUCAAGAUCUUCAGCCAGGAAAGCCAAUCCAAGGUCAUCAAACUGAAACACUCCGUGGCUCGCAACAGCUCCCUGUCCACCGACGAUAGUUCAGCUGACACCAGUCCCAGCUCGCAGCGUCGCAUGCGCUGUGCCACCCCUCCGGCCGGGGGGGCUGCUGGGGGGGUGCAACAGCAGCCCCUCGCCCCCGUGGACCCCCAAGACCGAUUUCACAAGGAACACGUGCUCAGUUUUAGUAAAGGAGGCAGCCUCCGCCUGGUGGCUCAGUACAACCCUUCGAAUGCCCGGCUGCGGGUGCGUGUCGUGGCCGCCGAAGACCUCUACGACAAGCACUGUGACGUCAGGAGCAUCAACUGUUGCGUGGCUCUCUAUUUAAACCCUGGCAAGCUGCAAAAACAGCGGAGCACCAUCAUCAAGAAUAGCCGCCACCCCAUCUUUAACGAAGAUUUCUUCUUUGACGGGCUGGGCAUCGGCAACGUGAAGAAGAUGUCUCUGAAAGUCAAGGUGGUAAACAAAGGGAGCAGUCUCAAACGGGACACUCUGAUGGGGGAGAAGGAACUUCCCCUCACUUCUUUGCUCCCUGUCUUAUAACCUGGUUUCCCACCUCUCAUGUUUGGGCCUGCCGCUUCCCCCAGUUGACUGCUUUUCCUGCUCUGCGCACUGGGAGGGGUCGGAGGUCUGCUGAAGUGGAUUCCUCCGAGGUCAAUCAGUGUUUCCCUAAAAUGGGUGUUGCAUGUUUGAGGUCCAAGGGUUGGGCAUCCCAGCAUUCUAGCAUGAAACCUCAGUAGCUAGCAGCGUGACCCUAUUUUCUUGGAAAGCUGGGUGGGGGUUUGUCUCUUGGCUCAGUCAAGAUAUGUCCCUUGGUCACGGCGAGCCAAUCUUCUUUCACUGUUGCCGUGUUGGAGGAACAGUGGAAGCUGACCUGGGGGUUUGAAGGGAACCAGGAAGGCUCCUUCAAAUAGGUUUUCCUAGGAGAAGGAGGUGGGUGCAUGAAUAAAUCAGGUUUCCACCCUGUUUU